AUAUUUGGUAGAAAUGAUAUUAUACAAUUCAAACAAUGAUCGCAAAAAAUAAGUUUGCAAAGAAAUGUAAAUUGUUAUUCAUGUGGACUGACUGCUGCCUGACUGUUACGCCACAACUCAGACAUUGUUACGGAUGUUUCGAGGUUCAACACGGAACGCAACAUAGCAACUGUCGGAGAAAUAGGAACAGAAAUAAGAAAGAAAGAAAGAAAGAAAGAAAGAAAGAAAGAAAGAAAGAAAGAAAGAAAUGAUUAGUUACCCCUAGUUACUUUUGAGUCAAAGUAUAGAAUCGAUUGCGCAUACUAAAUCACAAGCAAACUCAAAAUAAAAUAAACUAGAAGUAAAGUAAAAAAAUAAAUAAAUAAAUACUACUAAUAAUAAAAUGAAUAGGCUACAUCUAGUUUUACACGGAUCCAGCAAUAGCGAAUGAUUCAACUGCUCAAGACAAAUCAUUUAAAUGAAACGACAGAAACGACACAGUUAAAAACUAACAAAUACAUGGAUAAUAACACAGAGGUCUUUUGUUCUUCUGUCUGUAUUGAUUAAAUUCGCUUUUUGUUCUGACAAUAUCACACAGUUCUGACGAGAAGCUCAACUUGUAGAGUUUGUUUUGCCACACUGAAACUAUUGGAAGUAUGACUGCGAGAAUGAAGUUUUUCGGUGUUUGGGAGGUGGCCAUGUGCCUGUACAGUACGUGUGUGCGUGUGCAUGCGUGCGUGCGUGUGUGUGUGUGUGUGUGUGUGUGUGAGAGAGAGAGAGAGAGAGAGAGAGAGAGAGAGCGAGCGAGAGAUGGAGCAGCAGAGAUGUGUUCAGGGAUGGUUUAUAUAGCAGUGGGUGUGAGCGCACGUCGCACUCACUUCAUUACCACUGUGGAGAACACAAGUUUGAAGGCUGCUGAUCUUCACCGCGACACAGGGAAAUCCUAAAGCCGCGUUUUGAAAAGAUCGAACAAUGAGUUAUUUAAACGCAUGAACUCCAGCAGUCACCUUUUUUUUCUCCACGAAAAAAAACAAAACAAAAACAAAACCCUGCAAAACCCUGAAGUAGCAGUGAAGUAGCUGAGCGAAGGCAGCGCACGGCGCACAGGGACGGAUCAUGCACUGUCAAGCCGAGCUGAGGCUCUCCUCCCCCGGGCAGCUGAAGGCUGCCAGAAGGCGCUACAAGACUUUCAUGAUAGACGAGAUCCUCUCCAAGGAGACAUGUGAUUAUUUUGAGAAACUUUCUCUCUACUCGGUGUGCCCCUCGCUCAUCGUGCGACCGAAGCCUCUCCAUUCGUGUUCGGGCUCCUCGUCGCUGCGUGCCUACCCUCUCCUGUCGGUGAUCACACGGCAGCCGCCCCACGUCCCCCAGGUGUCGUCCCCGGGCGUCGCCCCCUCGCACCUGCCCCUGCUCUCCCCGCAGCACCAGCGAGGCUCCGAGCCCUCGCCCAGCCAGACGCCCCUCAGCAUCAGCAGCGACGAGGACACGGAGCGCAGCACGCCUCGCCUGAAGAAGCCGCGCCGCAGCCGCACCAUCUUCACCGAGCUGCAGCUCAUGGGGCUGGAGAAGAAGUUCCAGAAGCAGAAGUACCUGUCCACGCCUGAUAGGUUAGACCUGGCCCAGUCGCUUGGACUCACACAGCUCCAGGUGAAGACAUGGUACCAGAACAGGCGUAUGAAGUGGAAGAAAAUGGUGCUCAAAGGAGGUCACGAGGCCCCGACUAAGCCCAAGGGAAGACCCAAGAAGAACUCCAUCCCCACCACGGAGGAAAUCGAGGCUGAAGAGCGGCGGAUGAAGGCGGAGGCGGAGGAGAGGAUGAAGAGGGGGGCGGAGAAAGCGGCGCCGGUUCGCGCGGGAGAGGCGCCGCAGCUCGAGCCGCAGGAUCUCAGCUCGGAAACUCACAGUGCGGCCGCGGCGAUGGAGGGGUCCGAGCGGGAGCUCCCCAUGCAGUCAGAGACACGCGCGGCCAGCUAAGCGCGAGCGGAAAAACAGCCAAAGACUAAAGCCAACCUGAAAACAAAUAGUGCCUCAGGAUCACUGUAAAAAGCCUGUGUGGUGUUUAGAGCCAUUUGCUUUGAGAGUUUGACUGGAAACAUAUUGGUGGCAUCCAAAUGUUACCUAAUGUAGCCCUUUUUUUUUUUUGUUUUGUUUUGUUUUGUGUAUCGGAAAAAAAUGUACCAUACAAAGAGCUAAGAUGCAUAGAUUGUACUGGUUUAAAUGUGGCCUUUAAAAAAAAAACGGUGUUUGAGCAGGUCUCUGCUAUAAGGAGUGUAUGUCUGUCAAACCCAAGCAGGUAAAGCAUUACAACCACGGAAGAUCACUCUCUCUCUCUCUCACACACACACAUGCACACACACACACUGAUCCUCUAAGCUGCCUCAUACGAUGCCGUGCCAAAAUAUCAAAACGUUUGCCUUACUGUAGUGUCUGUGUAUCUUUGUAUUGUAAAUCACUUCACUGCCAAAAACUGUAAGAUUAAACGGCUACAGUGCCUUGUCGCUCUCAGAGGAAAGCCUUUAAAGUGUCGAUGAAAUAGCUAUCGAAUACAAGUAUAUUUUUUACCGUGACCUUUUAGUACAAGUGCCGUUUUCUGGAGACAGAGUUGUAAAGAUUAGGAAGGAGCACCUCGAUGUUUAGAGCAUCAGGCAGCGAGGUCGUGCAUUGCAACCAACUGAGCACCCCUCACCUUGUCCUUACGGUGCCUCUCUAGUGGCUCUAGUGUUUGGUUGGUCCAUUCUGGGCUACUGUAGAAACAUGGCUGACUCUGUGGAAAGAGGACUCGCUGCCUUUGUAGAUAGUAAAGGCUCAUUCUAAGGUCACAAACACAAUACUUCAGGUGAUCACACACCAACGAAAACAUGAUAUGUUAUAUUCUAUGAUUGCCAGUGGAUCCACCAAAACGUUACACGUUGGACCUCAGACUCAGUUGUGUUCGGUCUUUGGUCAGUAAAGCGUGCAUUAUUGUUUAUUUCAGUCUGAAAAAUCAAUAUUUCUGCCAAGCCAUACACUGUAUCAUACUGUAGAAAUGUGUAUAAAGUAUAAAAUAUAUGGUCUUUCGGAUAUAUAUAUAUAUAUAUAUAUAUAUAUAUAUAUAUAUGUAAAACAGUAUUUUUAACUGCUGUUUUAAAUUGGAUUAAAAUAGUUUGUAUGUAUAAUGUUACUGCCGUCCCUGAUCUUUUUUCUUCUCUUACGGGAGUCGGGAUGACUUUGCUUUAUUCUGCCGUGAGGCCACCGAGACUCUUAAGCUGUCGGAGACUCUCAGAGGGAGUAAAUCACGGCCUGUGCCAAAGAUGCACAGCAAACGCUCAACAUUUGAAAUCUCAGCGAUGUUUCCAGCCCACAGGCUUUGCAUGAGUACCCCAGUCAGUAUGCUAGACUUGCAUUAACACAACACUGCCUGUCACUGACCCCUUCACACUCUGCCUUCUUCCCCCACGCAACGGUUUGUGACGGAAGAGUUUCAACUUUUGUGAAUUGAGCUAUUGACCGGAGUUAUUUUUAUUUGUUCUUGUUUCAUAUGGAAAGUGCAGUAUUUUUCUGAUGUAAAUAAUGUGUGUUUGGUAAGCUUGUGUGCAGUUUUUUUAGGUUUGUGUACAAUCAUUUUUACUAUGUACAAGUGUGUGUUUAUGUAUUUAAAUGCACUUAA